AUGAUCUCUUCACUCAAACUCCAGGUGAUGGCGGCCCUCGUCGGUCUCAGCAGCGCCGUCACUACUGACGGCAACUUCACAGUUGCCAUGGUCCGCAGCGCACCUCCCAACUGGCCCAUGCCGUUGAUGAACAUGGACUGGACCGGCGUCACCCUCAACAUCGGCCAGACGGUCGAUUACGGCAUCGAGCUCAUCCAGAAGGCCGCAGCAGAGGGCGCUGACCUUAUCACGUUUCCCGAGCUGUGGUUUCCAGGCUUCCCCAAGGGUAAUGCCAUGAAUAACUGGACUGUGGACUACCUCCCCAGCUACAUUGAAAACUCCCUCACUAUUGGAGACGCAAACUGGAACCGCAUUGUCGACGCCAUCGCCCAUGCCCAGAUCUACGGUGGUCUGGCAUACUCCGAGCGCCUGGGUGACCACAUCUACAUGACGCAGACGCUGCUCGCCCCCAACGGCAGCAUCAUCAACCACCGCCACAAGCUGCGUCCCUCCGGCUCCGAGAGAUGGUUCUUCACCGACGGCAACAUCAGCGAGAUCAAGGUGGUCGCGACGCCUCACGGCCGCAUCGGCCAGCUCGAGUGCGGUGAACACAUGUAUCACACCACGCGCUACCUGAUGGGCGCCCAGGUCGAGCACUUGCAUCUCGGGCCCUUCCCAUACCUGCAGGAUGAGGGCGAGGAGUCCCUUUGGUGGGAGAACGUCUUGGUCGAGGCCGCCAACGGCCGCGCAUAUGCCGGGAUGAGCGGUGCCUACAACUUCAUGGCCGCCAUCGGCGCUGCCCGCGCCUUCGACCCCCUCGGCAGCACUAUUGCCAGCAUCGACGCUGCCGUGAACAUGACCGAGACCCCCCUGCUCUACGCCUCUGCCAACACUACAUCCUUCAAUCUCACCGAAACGUACAGGAUCAAUGGCCAGACCAGCUGGGGUAUACUGAAGGAGAUUUACGACGGCUUCCCGGAGUACAUCCCCCGUGAGGAGGGCAAUGUGGUGGGCUACCGCGAGAAAAGCGUGGAAUGGCUGAUGACCGGCGCUUUGACUACUGAGGUUGGCGAAUCGUUCGACCAAUGA